AUGGCGAAAUCAUUGGAGGUCGAGCGCGUCCGCAGUCAACUCUCGGCACUGGCAGUUGACGGCAUCACGGCUGAGCAAAUCGACGCCAUUGAGGAGAACCCCGAGGUGAAUCCUCAUACUGUCAACGACAAAGAGACUCGGCCAUACUCGGCUGUUUACUGGGAGACCCGGCAGUCCCGCAAGGGCCUCCCUGUCUACAAGCAGCGUCAAGAAUUUCUUGACUUUUACCAGAAGCACCAGGUCAUGAUACUGAGCUCUGGUACCGGCUUCGGCAAGACGACACAGAUCCCCCAAUUCGUGUUCUGGGCCGAGUACAACAGGGGGGCAUGA